AUGCCUCCAAAGUUCGACCCAUCUGAAGUUAAGUUUAUCUACCUGAGAGCCGUUGGUGGUGAAAUCGGUGCUUCUGCCGCUUUGGCCCCAAAGAUCGGUCCUUUGGGUCUGUCACCAAAGAAGAUCGGUGAAGACAUUGCUAAGGCUACCACCAAGUUCAAGGGUAUCAAGGUCACCGUCCAAUUGAGAAUCCAGAACCGUCAAGCUGUUGCCUCCGUUGUUCCAUCCGCCUCUUCUUUAGUCAUUACUGCUUUGAAGGAGCCCCCAAGAGACAGAAAGAAGGAGAAGAACGUCAAGCACAGUGGUAACAUCCCAUUGGAAGAGAUCAUUGACAUUGCUAGACAGAUGAGAGACAAGUCUUUCGGUAAGAACUUGGCUUCCGUCACCAAGGAGAUCUUGGGUACCGCUCAAUCUGUUGGAUGCCGUGUAGACCAAAAGAACCCUCACGACGUCAUCGAGGCUAUCGAUGCUGGUGAGAUUGAUAUCCCAGAAAACUAA